AUGGCAGUUAAAAUAUCUGAAACCGGUUUUAAUAUCUCCAUAUUUGAUCCUUUCUGGCAGUUUCCUUUGCCCAACGUAGUCUUGUAUGCUACGCACCAAGAGACUAAGCGCCUCUUUGGAUUUGUGCUUAAAACUUCAGGAGGGAGAGUUGACAACCGCCAAACUUCCAUCUGCUAUAUAUUUGAAUCAAAUAACGAAGGGGAAAAGAUUUGUGACUCCGUUGGACUGGCAAAACAGAUAGCUUUUCAUGCAGAACUGGAUCAAAAAGCAUCAGAAAAGGCAAAAGAAAUAGUCAAAGAUAAACAACAAAAAGAAUUAAGUAAACAAAAACAAAUCAAAAAGGACUUAAAGGAGCAAAGCCGAUUGAUAGCUGCUUCCAGCAGAUCAAACCCAAGUAGGGGAGAAGGACAGUUUGUAGUCCUUAGAAGUAGCCAGUCAGAAGACAGCAAUUUAGGAGAAGAUAGAAAGAAGAAGAGAGAAUCUGAAACCUAAGGUUGUCUACGUAAUUAAAAUUGGAAUCAUGGAUUUAAGUUCUACAAGUAGUGAAAUGUAAGUGGAGGGUCUGUUGUAUUGUAUAAAAGACUUCAUGAUGCGUAGACCUUUAUAUGCCUUGACUUUUCUUUAUCGAUUGAUUUCCACUUUCAUGUCAGUAUAAUUUCUCUUUUGUAUGCCAGAUAAAGCAUGGUGAUGCUACCAUGUUUAUUACAAAAUUGUUUUCUCAAAAAAUUCUCUGCAGUAUGGAAAAACUCUUAUAUUUUUUUUCCCUUUUACCUGCCUGUGUAAUUGACUGCUUUUGAAACAAGACUUAAACUCACUAAUCUUAAACAGUAUGGUGAAAUUUGUUCUUUACACAAGUAUGCAGAACACAUUGUUGGAAACAAAAGUAGAUGUCCAAAUAAGGCAGUGCUAAGCUUUACAUAACUUGUUGCACAUAACUGUUUUUAGAAAGAAAAAUCCCUAUUAAUAUCAAUGAGAUGUGCAAUAGUUCUAAACAGAAAGAUCAUACUUUUUGUUUCAUAUUGCAUGUCUUGAUUUUUUUUUCUUUUUUUUUUUUGUUGUUGAAUAUAAUGCUGGAAGGCUUCUUUGAACACGAGAGAAAAAAAAUACUUUGUCACACCUAUAUAAGAGCUGAAAAGAUGCAGUUGCACUUCGCUGCGUGAGGAAUGUAUAAAACAUUCCUUAUCAAACAGUAAGAAUAAUGUAUAUAUUCUUGUAGCACAAGUGCCAUUUUCUUGGUUUUUCCCCACUAUAUGUGAUAAAAAACUGUAAGCCUUUGAGUUCACUUUCUUAUAAGAAAACAACAUGCUUAGCGUUGCAGGAACAUCUUGAAUUUUAUCAUUUGAAAAAUCUUCUGAAUCUAUAAAUGCCUUGCUACCAGUACACUACGUUUACUGAAAAUGAGCUAAGGCUUUUAAAGUCUUUUUAUGGAGCUGUAUUUUGCAAACAGAAGUAAAAGCCUAUGCUAGUCUACAUCCUAGAGUCAAAUCCCAUAACGCGUUUUUCAAAGUAAUGUCUCUUUACACCUUGUAAGCCUGAACUCCAUGGUCCAUACCCUGUGUAAUAUUUAUUUUGUAUAAUACUAAAUGUGCAUUCAUCUUUUGAUCCAGAAGAGAAAGCUUGUUUGAAGUAAGAAGAAAUAUUUAUUUUUUGCACUAAUUACUGUAAGUACUAAACUCCAAUGAAACAGUUGUCUCUCUAAUAGGGGCCUGAAAGUAA